AUGCGGAUCAUUAUCAUCCCUGUGGCGGGUCUGUUGCUAAGCAUUGCGAGCAUGGGCCGCGCAAGAGUAGACCCACAACAGGCGCAGAAGGCUUGCGAUGCAGUCCGCAGUGGUCAGUUGUCUCUCAGCGCUGCUGCCAAGGCCUACGGGGUGAACAAGGACGCGCUCUCGCGACGUUCGAGCGGUGCUAUGGCCAUGGAUGCGAAGGUUGGCCCCGAGACUGUGCUGAGGAAGGCGGAAGAAGAUGCGGUGGAAGAUGCGAUGAUCUACGCUUCUCGACACUUUCUGAGUUUCGGUCGGCAGCAGCUCAUAGACGCGGUGCGAGUGCUCUGCCUCGACGGAGGCCCGGUGCCCUGGGACCCAGAUAAAGGCCCGGGGCGCAGCUGGCUUGACGGCUUCAUGGCGAGGCACCCGGCGUUGUCGGAGCGAACCACUCACAUAUACGAGGCAAACAGGAUUAACGAAAACUGGCUGGAUCGAUCCCAAUUUUUUUUUCUACGUGGACAUGAGCUCAAGCAAAGCGUGGGUAUUACAGGAGCCAUAUCUUCCCAGCACUUAUGA